AUGUCCAGGGACGCUCCAAUCAAGGCUGAUAAAGACUUUAGUGAAACUCUGCAUGAUGAGUUUCCCAAGAUCGAGAUUUUGGCUCAGAAAGACGUAACAGGAGCAGUUGAAAAACUGCUGGUUUUGGAAAAGCAGACGAGACAAGCGUCGGAUUUAGAAUCUUCGAAAAAGGUUCUGGUCCGGAUUGUAGAUCUGCUGGUGGACAAUAACAGAUGGGAUGAAUUGGACGAUCAAUUGAUGCUGCUGUCGAAAAAACACGGGCAGCUCAAAAUGUCGGUUCAAACCAUGAUACAGCAGAUAAUGGAGAGACUCAGGGAUGUGAAAGAUCUCAAAACUAAAAUAAAGGCCAUUGAGACGAUAAGAACGGUGACCGAAAACAAGAUCUUUGUUGAAGUCGAAAGAGCCCGCGUUACCAGAGAGCUAACGCAUAUCAGACGAGAACAAGGUAAAAUCGACGAAGCUGCCGAGCUUUUAUGUGCUUUACAGGUAGAGACGUUUGGAUCGAUGGAAAUGUACGAAAAAAUUCAAUUUAUUAUGGAACAAAUGGAAUUGAGUAUCUUGAAGGGAGAUUUCUCGCAGGCCGCAGUAUUGUCACGCAAAAUAUUGAAGAAGACUAUAAAGAAUGAUAAGUACGCUGCGCUGAAGCUCGAAUAUUAUAAUUUACUUAUUAAAAUCGGACUUCACAAUGCGGAUUACUUGCAAGUAGCCCAGUACUAUCAGGAAAUUUACAACACCAACUCGGUGAGACAAGAUGAAGCUCUAUGGAAAGAUGCGCUUUCACACGUGGUUUCGUUCCUGGUUUUGGCCCCUUACGACAAUUUGCAAAAUGAUCUCAUUCACAAGAUACAGCUUGACAAUAAUCUGAAAAAACUAGAGGACCAGGAGUCCCUUGUCAAGCUUUUCACAACUACGGAGUUGAUGAGGUGGCCUAUUGUGCAGCAGAAAUACGAACCCAUUUUGAAAAGCGACAGGGUAGCGUUUGGGUCCAACUCGGCUCAUUGGAGCGAUUUGCAUAAGCGUGUAAUUGAACACAACUUGCGAGUCAUUUCCAAAUACUACACCAGGAUUAACCUUUCGAGAGUAAAUGAACUCCUGGAUUUGAGCGAAGCCGAGACAGAGCAAUUCAUCAGCACGUUGGUAAACCAGGGCAUCAUAUAUGCCAAAAUUAACAGACCUGCAAAAAUUGUGACAUUUGGCAGACCCAAAAAUUCGAGUCUUCUUCUGAACGAAUGGUCUCAGAACGUUGACAACUUACUAGAACAAAUCGAGACCAUUGGUCAUCUGAUCACCAAAGAAGAGAUUUUGCAUGAUCUAAAGAGUAAAUAG